UAGGUUAUUUAGGUAAUUGCAUGUUACAUGCAGGCAUUAAAAACGUACUCAAUUCAGUAGAGCUCGGAUUUUGAUCAAGAAAUUCGGUUAAAUUAGAGAAUAAUUCAACGUUCGAUAGUAAAAACUAACAUCGUUUCGGUUUGGGGGAUUUUUUUUCGUCAGGUGUGUAAAGUAAGAGAGCAACAUAGCUAGAAUAAAAGGGGCGGGGAAAGCAGUAGAAAUUUCACAAGAAUGGCUGGAGAUGAAAGGGAACCAUGAGAGAAAUUCCCAAGGGUAGCAUGAAAGUCAACGAUCAGUGUUAUACAUCAGCCUAAUAGAUAAUCCGCCAAGCAUUUUUCAUGCUGGUGGUACGACUGUAUCACGUAGAGCUUGUGGAACUUCUUCGCCAUGCGCAUAGCUUAGUUACGGCUUUUUUAGACGGAAACGUUCCUCCAAGCCUUCAAACUAUCAAACGGGACUGAGAGCAGAGUCUCCUGUUUACAGUAUGUUAAAAGGAUACAGACUGUUUGUGAAAUUGGAAACUUUCGGAAGCUUUGAUCUUUGAGGUUACCGAGUCAUUGUUGAUGUCCACGUAACCUAACAAAUAACAACCAAGCUGCGAUCGUACAAAAGCAUAUAUUGACAGACUUUUGGAUUUUUUAUUUAUGUGGAGUUAAGCGCAAUGGGAAUGUUGAUGAAUUGUAAACCUUUGUUUAUCACACUUGCAGGUUUGGCCUUAUGCAAAUAUGCACAUGCUGAUUCGAAUGUGACCAAGGAGCCUGAGAGUGAAGUGGUAUCCUGUGGUCACCAUGGGAACAAGACCUGCACAGCUGUCACCAAGGUUGAAAAAUGGAGUGGGCACUUCUCUAACUGUCCAGAGGAGUACAUUGAUUACUGUAUUAAGGGAAAAUGCCGUUUUGUGGUGGACGUGCAGCAGCCUGCCUGCAUAUGUGAAAGGGGGUAUAUUGGACACAGAUGUGAAUUAUUAGAUUUUUUCUACCAAAAAACGGAGCAAAAGCAAAUCAUAAUUGCCAGUGUGAUAGCAGCACUGGUCUUCCUGAUACUUCUGAUCAUUUUUAUUUGCUGCUGUGCUCACAGGAGGAAGUUAUGCUUUAAACGGAGAAAGAGGAAAGAAGAAAAAACAGAAGAAAUAGAAAAACUGAACACAAUUCUGUCUGAAAAGCCAGAAAGCCACAGUGUAUCUGUAAAUGUGGAUGCUUCAGAAACCAACACUGUAUGACAAGUGAAAAAAUGCUGACAUAAAGACGCCUGCUGGCCAGGGUGUCUGCUUUGGAAUGUGAUCGAACAAGACGUCUAGUUUUGCUAUUCUUCUGCAGAGACCCGUCUAUAUUUUAUGUGAUCCCAUUUUUGCUUUAAGGCAAAAGGAUUAACUUUCCUCCAUUGGAUGACCACUGUGAAACCUCUUAAGAGUUUGCAUCCAUCAGAAACAGUCACAAGGCACUGCUGUGAUCUACAAUUGAUCUUCAUUAUCUCUGGCUUAAAAUGCACUUUAGCCUGUACUGAAAAAAAUGAACAAAUAUCUGGGAAUCUGUAAAUUCACUCACUUAUCUCUUAAGACAUUUGGAGUCUUUUCUGUGCAUUUUAAAUCAAUUAUUUAUUUUUAAGUGCGAGGACAUGUUUGCUCACUUUUAAUUUAUGGCUGAGCUGCCUACAAUUUUGAGAGCAUUUCAUUUUCAGAAGUGUGUUGAUCUACAGUAGCUCAUUGAAUUUGUAGUGCUGGGUUUGCUGUUGUACUUUCAAUGUACAGAACACAAUGACUGAGAGCUCUUGUAGUAAGAUACUGGUAAUAUAAGGGAAGUAGGGUUACUCAGCGAGGUGAUAUUGUAAUAGUCCGGAUAAUGAGUACGAGGAUGAAGAUUUAUGGUUUACCGAUAUUUGAAGAUAUUUGCUAUGUUUUCUUUUGCAAACAUUAAGGUGUAUUUAUUACCUUGCUGUUUCUCAAGUAUGUAUAGUGUGCUUUAUAUUUUUAUGAGUAGUAAAGCUGACUGCGGAAGUGUGUCACUAGUCACUGUUCAAUUAUGUAGACCACAUUCCUUAUAUCAUGAAAACUGCAGUUUUCAUAUCAAACAUAUAAGAAUAUGAAGCUUAAAUGCAUAAGGACCAUUGCAUGUGUUCUAUUAAGAAGUUUUCAGUGUCUAACAGAUAAUUACAACACUGAGGAUAGGACAUGUUUAAUACAUAAUAGAUUAGUUAAAUCGUUUAUAUUUUUUAACUUUUUGCCAAAUACAGUAGAUACAGUAUUUGUAAUACUAAAACAUAAAUAAAUAUAUAGUCAAAGUAGUGUGUUAAGUCGUGCAUGUAUCUUUGUUACAAAGUUCUUCAGUAACUGACUAGCAGUAAGGAUGAACUUUAAUCUUUUUUUUCAUAAAUAGAACAUGACUAGAGUUUAAAGCUUUUAACUAAGUGCGUAACUUAUAACAAUGAUAAAUGUUAAAUGAUAAAUAAAGACCUGAAUGAAUGGCAUGCAAUGUGAAAGAAUGUGUAAACAUUUCUUUUUUAUUUUAGGCUUCUUUUCUCUGUCUUGGGCCCAUAAAUGUGGCAGAGCAGUUUCAGAAAACCUUUAUUAUAAAGAAAAUAUCUGAAGGUGACUAUUUUAAAUAAAAUGAAUAUAUUCUUUUAUCUUUUAGAAGAUUCAUAUAAUGUGUAAUGCAAGUCCCAGGCUAUGGUCUGGACCCAUGGUCUCUUUAUAAACUUGUAGUCUUGUAAUCUAUUUGAAGCAAAAUGUUAUCUUCAAAGACAGUGUACUUUUGGUUGCUCACGAUCUCCUUCAAGCCUAUACAACAGUGUUCUGCAGUUGGCGUUCACAGUAUGUGUUCCAUGCUCAUGUAUUUUGUGUAGAAUGUUUUUUUGUUGUUGAUGUGUAUGUCUAACUUAAUCACUUUAAUAAUGUAAAAACACAAACUGGGAAAUUUUUAAAACAUUUUACAUUAUGGGCGCUACAGUAUAUGUCGUUACCAUAUAUGAUUUCUUAGGUGCCCCUUUCCACAAUUGUAUCCAAUUUCCCUUAAUUUAAAAUCCAUAUUUAACUCUUAAUUUCUUGUUUUGUAUUCACGAUGUAUAUCAAGAUUGACAUAAGCUGUCUUAUCCCCAUUUAAAAGCUAGUGUGGUAAUGAUUAUUUUUAUACUGUACAUUUUGAUGUGUUGUUACUUUUCUUGGGGGUUUCCGUUUGUCUUUAGGUUAAAUUAUUCUUUAAAAAACAUGACAGUAACAUUUAUGCUUUGAAGUAAUGCUUAUUACAGUUGCAAAAAGUCUGGCAUACCACUCAUUCAUGCCUAAAAGUAACAUGAUUUGUGCCAAUAACAGCUGCAGGGAAAAAAGGUACAGAGUCCAGGAGAAAAACUUUAUUAUUAUUAUUAUUUAGAGUAUUUAUUAUUUAUUUAGAGUAACUCAUUGCAUUAAGCGGUUUAAGAAUUUAUUUUUUCUUUGGUUAAAAUGUUUUGAUAAUUUACAGAUUUUUUUUUUUUAGUUUCAACCUAGUGGAUUUAAGGGACGAUGACCUGGUACUGAACAUUCAUUCUUACCUCCAACAGCUGCAAUUCAUUAUUGUGGAAUAACAAUCUCAUGAUAUUUACUGAAUAUGUGCAUGGGGAAUCAUCCUCAGUUCAGAAUUAGGAUCCCCCCUAGUCCUAUGCUUUUUAUACCUUGGCAGAAGUCUAAUUUGUAAUCUUAACACUAUUUUAAUCAACUGAUCAAGAAAGAGGUAUAGAAUAUGGAUAUUAAAGUAUGCUUGAGGAAGUAUGCAUACAGUAUGUGUUGAGUAUUGCUCUUUUUCAAGAACAAGAAAGUCAUUCAACCUUGGUACGCAUUACAUCUGUGGUUUAUAUUAAUGUUAUUUUGAAUCACAAGUACAUUGAUACAAUAAUAAAGUAUAAAAUACA